CGGAACGUUUCGCGCAGUGAAGGCAGCCCACAUUCCUCCCCGGCUGGCCGAGCGCUGAGCAGCAGGCCCAGUCCUGCCCUGCCCGCCUUUAUUCUCAUAUUUACAGCAACAUUAAUCCAACGCGCGGCGUCUCGCAUCAUUUCAAUCACCGUUUUUUGGCCUUCCGAGCGGAUUCGCUGCUCUAGAGUCUGUAUUUGGGCCCGGAUACCCGGUUUAAGCGAGUGAAUAGCCUCCCUGAGUUUCCACGCUUUCUACGCUUGAUAUUUUUUGAUAUUAUUGCUCCUUUUUGCACCGCAGCUGACGGUAUGGAGGACAAGGUGUUCACCAAAGAGCUGGAUCAGUGGAUCGAGCAGCUGAACGAGUGCAAGCAGCUCUCGGAAAAUCAAGUGAAAAUCUUAUGCGAGAAAGCAAAAGAAAUUUUAUCGAAGGAGUCCAAUGUUCAGGAGGUGCGCUGCCCCGUCACAGUGUGCGGAGAUGUCCACGGCCAGUUCCACGACCUCAUGGAGCUCUUUAAGAUCGGUGGAAAAUCACCAGAUACCAACUAUCUCUUCAUGGGAGACUACGUGGACCGAGGCUAUUACUCUGUAGAGACGGUCACACUUCUAGUGUCUUUAAAGGUUCGUUACAGAGAGAGAAUCACCAUCCUCAGAGGGAAUCACGAGAGCAGGCAGAUCACACAGGUGUACGGCUUCUACGACGAGUGUCUGAGAAAAUAUGGCAACGCAAACGUGUGGAAAUACUUCACAGACCUUUUCGACUACCUUCCCCUCACAGCACUGGUGGACACACAGAUAUUCUGUCUCCAUGGAGGACUUUCUCCAUCCAUAGACACGCUGGACCACAUUCGAGCACUGGACCGCAUUCAGGAGGUCCCACAUGAGGGUCCUAUGUGUGACCUGCUCUGGUCAGACCCCGACGACCGCGGUGGCUGGGGAAUUUCCCCCAGAGGGGCCGGCUACACCUUCGGCCAGGACAUCUCCGAGACUUUCAACCACGCCAACUGCCUGACCCUGGUUUCCAGAGCACACCAGUUAGUGAUGGAGGGCUACAAUUGGUGUCAUGAGAGGAACGUAGUCACCAUCUUCAGUGCUCCAAAUUACUGCUAUCGCUGUGGAAAUCAGGCGGCUAUUAUGGAGCUCGAUGACACGCUGAAGUAUUCAUUUCUGCAGUUCGACCCUGCGCCAAGAAGAGGGGAACCACACGUCACCCGCCGCACCCCAGACUACUUCCUGUGAAGUUUCUGUGCCUGAUCAAAGUGAACAUGUUCCACAGCGCCAUCUAGCUCACUGACUGAAGAGCUGACGAAAGAAAAGAGCUUUCAUUUCAAUAGUGGGUUGAAUUCCUAAAUUUGUCCAUGGACCAAAGCGUGUGCCAUCACCUAAACAAGCGAUGAAGGGUGGUCGGGAGGGUUCAGGUCUUCACACGUGUACAGUUAUUAAGAAUUAUUUCAUUGAUGUCAGAACUUCACACUUCACCCACCCAUGCAGCUUAGUUGGUUUAUCUGUGUUACUUUACUUUAAAACGUUCUCUCUGGUUCGUGUACAGUAGGCGCUUUGGGCUGGACGCUAUUGACAUUGUGCUGAAUAAAACAAACUUGCCAUGCAUAGAAUCAUCUCCAGUUAGCACAACCGUACAUACCUAACGUCAUCUGAUUCAUCUCAGACUUACCGAGAUUCCUUUUCUGUUUGCUGUUUUAAAGGGAAGGCGUGAUAAUGAGAGGUACUGUCCUGCACUUUUCUGGUAUAGUCUCUGUCAGUGUUAUUAGACUAGAGAACGGCUCAGUGUGGUUUCGUUUUACCUGCUAAUUUGUAAAACCAAGCACUUACUUACUUUUAACUGAGGUAACCACAAGCUAGGCCCCUUUUGCUACAACAGUGUAAAAUGUAAAACCUGUUUUUAAGGCUGAAGGUCCGAGAUAAAAGCUGUUUUUAAGUGAGACGA